AUGGGCUGGUUUGACGGCUGGUUUUCCAGCGGCCCUUCGACCUCGGACCCCCUCAAGUCCCUCGACCCCAAGCUUCGCGAAUUCCUCCAGCGCGAAUCCCCCGUCAAGAUCCAACAGCAAAUCGCCCAAGAAGCCGAACAAGCGGCGGCCGCGGCACAAACACAAGCACAAGCUCAAUCACAAACAGAAAAUGGAAAUGGAGCGGCGGACUCGGAUAGGCCAAAGGUGCCGAAAGAGAGUCUCUUUCAAGACGGCCGGUACGCCCAUCUCUGGAAAACAUAUCGUCCAUACUCAGACGUCGAGGCUGAGUCGAAAACGGACCAUGAGAAGCUCAUGGAUGUGUUGGACGGCUACAAGGAGCGCAAGCACAACAUUGGGCGGGCUGCGCUCGAGAACUGCGCUCUGCAGCAGGAGGAGUGGGUGAACUGCAUGAAGAGUGGUGCUUGGGAGGACCGGAUGCAGAUGUGCAGGCAUCAGGUGCAGAGAUUUGAGAGGUGUUAUACCAUGCAGACGAGAUUCCUCAAAGCCCUAGGCUACCAGUCUGUCUACAACCGCCCAGCGCAUGUUGAGGAGGAUAUCCAGAUGCACGCUGACGCGCUCUACAACCGUAUGCUCGAGCAAGAAAAGGCCAUUGAGUUGGCCAAGAAGGAAGGUCUCCCUGUACCCAAGCUGGACCUCUCAAUACCAACCGUGGCCGAAGCUGGCGCCAUCCAGCCCCGGCCCGACCUCGAGAAGUCGUGGAGGGAGAAGCUGGAGCAGCUUCCCGAGGAGGAGCGGGCAGCGGAAGAAGCGGCGCUGCGGGCAGACCUGCAGGCCAAGGCGGCCGUCGCCAAGGACGUGCAGAAGCUCUGGGACGAGCAGGAGAAGGAGAGGCAGCAGCGCAAGGCGGAGGGCAAGGCGACCAUCAUGGAUCGCGUUUCUGGGGUUUUUGGCGGGAAGUAG